AUGGCAGCCAGGCACUGGGUAACGCAGGAAAGCGACAUCAUCGCCAAUCACCAUGUCAACCAGCCCAAGCCAAUCCGCGUCGUAGUACUCGGUGCUGGCAUCUCGGGCAUUGCUUUUACUUACAAGGCAAGAGGGCUCGAGAAUGUUUCGUUUCAGAUAUACGAGAAGAAUUCAGAUGUUGGGGGCACUUGGUUCGAGUCGACAUAUCCUGGCGUGUCUUGUGAUGUACCCGCACACUGCUACACCUUUACUUGGGCUGGGAACCCCGACUGGACCAGAGUCUAUGCAAGUGGCCAAGAGAUCGUACAGUUCUACCAGCAGCUCGCGCGGGAUUACGGCGUCUAUGAGCAUACCAAGUUCAAACAUCAGGUCGUGGAUUCCAGAUGGGAUGACAAAGCAUCGCUGUGGAAAUUGACGGUCCUGAAUCUCGAGACCGGAGACUCUUUUGUCGAUUCAGCCGAAGUGUUCAUCAAUAGCGGCGGGGUUCUCAAUAAUUGGGCGUGGCCAUCUAUCCAGGGACUCCAUGAUUUCCGUGGAACUCUUGUGCACACGGCCCACUGGGACAACAGUCUUGAUCUGUCAGGCAAGAGAGUGGCCGUGAUAGGAUCAGGCGCGUCAGCUAUUCAAGUGGUGCCGACCAUUCAACCAAUUGUCCAGAAAUUGGUGAGCUUCCACCGUUCUCCCUCCUGGAUUGCCGCCGAGUUUGCCGGUCACUUCGCCUCACAGGGCCGCAACACGACCUACAGCAAGGAGGAAAGGAAGCGUUUCCGGGAAGACCCAGACUACUUUCUCACCUACCGUCGCGAAAUCGAACAUAGCAUGAAUGCGCGCUUUCCGUCUUUCUAUCGCCAUUCAGAUGCCCAGAGACAAGGCGUUGAGAAUGUCUCCAAGUCGAUGCGCACGCGACUCGGAAAUAACCCAGAACUAUGCGAGAAACUCAUCCCCAAGUUUUCACUAGGCUGUCGGCGCGUCACGCCUGGCCACGGCUACUUGGAGGCUCUCACGGCAGACAAUGUGGUGGUCGAGACAUCCCACAUUGCCAAGGUCACCGAGUCGGGGAUCAAGACAGUUGACGGCAAGCUCCACGAGGUAGAUGCCAUCAUAACCGCAACAGGAUACGUCACUUCGUUUGUGCCCCGGUUUCCCAUCGUUGGGUUAGGAGGCGUGGACUUGCAACAGGAGUGGGCUGAAAAGGGUGCCCAGGGCUAUCUUUCAGUCACAGCCCCAUCAAUGCCCAACUAUUUCCUGACAACCGGCCCAAACUCCCCGAUCAGCAACGGAUCUCUGAUACCGGCUAUCGAGCGGCAGGUGGACUUUGCCCUCGCCUUCAUUCGUAAAAUCCAGACUCAGGACCUGAGAUAUGUCAUCGUCACGGACAAGGCAACAUCCGAGUUCAACCAGUGGAAAGAUGAGUUCAUGAAGGACAUGACAUGGACCGGGGAGUGUACAAGCUGGUACAAGAAUGGGACAGUAGAUGGCCCUGUCAUCGGGCCAUGGCCAGGAUCUGUAAACCACUUCCUUGAAGCGUUGAAACACCCUCGCUUCGAAGAUUUUGAAUACACAUAUAACUCAAGGAAUCGAUUUAGAUAUUUUGGAGAUGGGCGUGCUGCAUGUGAGGCGAAGGGAUUACCUCUCGGUGCGUACAUCUCGUAG